UCCUAGUUUGAUUUAAAACAUUUUCACAUCAAUAUCGGAACGAAAGUAGCGGAGAACUUACAACUUUUCAGAACUAAAAAAAGAAAGGAUUAAAUAGUUGUCAACAAUUACAAAUUUGAAAAAGAGAACACCACUAGUUAAGAAAAAUGUAUAUCCGAAUUGGAUUUUUUGCAGCGCUUGUUUGCUGCUUUUUGCAAUUUAAUAAUGCGGAAUUUCCCAAUGAUCCGAAGCCAUGUAAAUUCGGAGACGAUGACUGUUUACUGCAGGCGAUCAACUUUUAUUUGCGUGAAAAAAAUCAAGGAGAUACUUCGAUAAAUUUACGAAAAAUYGAUCCUAUUGAUGCCGGCACAUUCACACUCAAGCAAGGUGCUGAUAAUCCCGUAAAUAUUGACUUAACCUUUAGCAAUAAUAAAAUUUAUGGUGUCGCCAAUGCCACAGCAUACAAAGUUAGAGGUUUCGGCAAGGAUCUCACUAAAAAGCACGAGCUACGCUUCAAAGURCCAGUGGCCAGCUUGAUCGGCGAUUAUAAAAUACAAGGCCGCAUUCUGAUAUUGCCCAUUAGCGGUUCCGGCAAAAACAAUAUCACUAUGAUUGAUGCAGAAUUCAUACUACAAUGGGUGGGCGCGCCCGUUGAGAAGGAUGGCGAAACUUAUAUGAAAACCGACAAAUUCAGAGCCAUURUUAAGCCUAGUAGGGUGUUUUUCGAAUUACAAAAUCUUUUCAAUGGCGACAAAGCUUUGGGUGAUAAUAUGAAUUUGUUUUUAAAUGAAAACUGGAAGGAAAUUUAUCAGGAAGUUGAUGUAACCUUUUCCAAGGAAAUAUCAAAGUUGAUGUCAAGUAUUAUCGAUUCAGUUUUUGAUAAAACACCAUAUAAUAAAUUAUUCGUAGAAUAAAUUUAAUUUUAACAAAAUCGUUAUAUGGUAAAUUACCUUUUUAUAGUCAGUGGUUUUAUAAGAGUAACAUCGAUCUCGUGGUCAACGGAGUUUCUGGUGUAAUAAUAAAAAAACAUAUGAUUUAAAUUCUGUUCGAAUAAAUAUAAUUAUGAAAUUCCAAGAAAA